AAUAUAAAAAAGUAAUAUAUAUAAAGUCUUAUUAUAUGCAUAAACAGAUUGACUAUAAAUUCAGACAGAUUACUCCAAUUAUCUGUAAAGCAGACAAACAUAAGAUUUGUAUAACCAAAAUGUCUGAAGAUGUACCAUUUCGACGUAUGAAAUUUCCGUAUACUUUUACAGCUAAGUUUGCACAAUUUCCACAUGCAUAUUAUACAAAACACAGUUGGUUAUUCAGAUAUUGGCACAUUGGUAUAUUACUCACAAUACCUAUUUUUUACAAAAUACAGAAGUUAUCAUAUUCUCCUGAGAAUGUUAAAAAGUGGGCGAAAACUCGUGAAGAAAUGUUCAGUGGCACUGGUCAUCAUUAAAAACAAACAAAGAUGUAGAGAAGUUUCACUAUUAGAUACAUAAAUAUAAUGAACAUGAAGAGAAAAAAAUUUGGAAUUCCUCAAUCUCUCAUAGUUAAAAUAAAUUGAUUUUUAAUCACGUCUCCUAUAAGAGUUUAUAGAAAAGUAUAGGAAAUGGAUUAUUUCAAAAAUUGUAUUUGACGAUCUGUAUUACUAAAAUAAAUCGUAUAAAAUACA